GACGAAUUUAAUUGGCACUCAGCCCAUUGUAUUGUUAUUACUGAUCAAAUUCAUACAUUGUAUAAUCUUCGAUCAAACAUUAAGUCUGAUUUGUAAUUACACAAGUAGUUCACUUACAUCAUGUUAUUUAAUAAUUAUACUGAUCAUUAAUUUCACAAUCUUAUUUUAAGUAUACACUUAUUCAAGCUAACACUUUACUAGUCACUUCAACAUUAACAAUUUUGAUUUGAUUUUACAAACAGCCCUCAAUUCAUAAACUUUAAUUUUGAAUCUUGUUAGUAAAGACGCCGACCAGGAGUAAGUAAUGCUGUUCAAACGAUCAUCUACUUUACUACGAAUUAAGUUUGUGAAAGAAAAAAAUAGAAUCAAUUUUCAACUACAGAAUAGAAGGUGAAAAGUGGAACGAUAUACAUUAUGAGGAAUAUCUUCGUCAAAAUAUUUCAAUUAUUUACAAUUAUGGAAAUUUUCAUUUAUUUAAAUAUGUAUCAAACAGUAGUACACACUAAGCCGAUAGAAACAUAUGCAAAAGAUGAUGUGAACUUUUCAAAACCAUGUCCUGAAGAAAACUACAGAUAUCAUAAUGCUACUGGAUAUUUUAUGUGCACUGUUGAAACAGCCAAAAAAUGCAUUGACUUAUGUCAACAAACAGGAUGCAAUGAUUUAUAUUUUAUGAGUGUGAUCCCUUCGAAAAAUGAUAAAAUCAAACGAAACUAUCGUUGUCGCUGUUUCCAGGAUUAUCACGUCUGCUUUUAUAAUCCAUUGCCAAGAUAUCAUAACAUUAAUUAGUUGAUAAUAAUACUACUACUACUAAUAAUAAUAAU